AUGGCGGCCGCGAUGGUAAUGACAUCCAGCAAAGUCGGAAUUCAGAGUUACUAUGACACGAAAAUCCAAGAACUGAGCUCCAUCAUCAAGGAUCGCAAGAACAACUUGCGCCGCUUAGAAGCGCAGCGGAACGAGCUGAACAGCAAGGUCCGGCAGCUGCGUGAGGAGCUGCAGCUGCUGCUAGAGCCAGCCUCCAACUGCGGUGAAGUCAUCAAAGCGAUGGGCACGAAGAAGGUCCUGGUGAAGGUCGGGCAGGAAGGGAAGUAUGUAGUGGACAUUGACAAGGAUAUAAAAAUCGAGGAUUGCAAAGCAAAUACCCGGAUUGCCCUCACAAGCGACAGCUACGUCUUGCACAAGAUCCUGCCCAGCAAGGUGGACCCUCUGGUGCAGCUCAUGAAAGUAGAGAAGACGCCGGACAGCACGUACGAAAUGAUCGGGGGAGUGGACAAGCAGAUCAAGGAGAUCAAGGAGGUCAUCGAACUCCCGAUUAAGCAUCCAGAAAUCUUUGAGUCGCUGGGCAUUUCGCAGCCAAAGGGAGUGCUGCUGUAUGGCCCACCUGGCACGGGCAAGACGCUGCUUGCGCGGGCGGUGGCCCACCACACAAACUGCUGCUUCAUCCGCGUCUCGGGCGGUGAGCUUGUGCAGAAGUACAUCGGUGAAGGCAGCCGCAUGGUGCGCGAGCUCUUCGUUAUGGCACGCGAGCAUGCGCCGACAAUCAUCUUUAUGGACGAGGUCGACUCCAUCGGAUCAUCGCGUGUGGAGGGCGAGUCCGGGGGUGACUCGGAAGUGCAGCGCACGAUGCUUGAGCUCUUGAACCAACUUGACGGCUUCGAGGCAACCACCAACAUCAAGGUCAUCAUGGCUACCAAUCGAAUCGACAUCCUCGAUGAUGCUCUUCUCCGGCCCGGUCGCAUUGACCGCAAGGUGGAAUUCCCGAACCCCAACGAAGAAGCUCGCCAAGAAAUUCUCAAGAUUCAUUCCAGGAAGAUGAACCUCAUGCGUGGCAUUGACCUGAAGAAGAUAGCAACCGGCAUGAAUGGAGCCAGCGGUGCUGAGAGCAAGGCGGUCUGCACAGAGGCUGGGAUGUUUGCCCUGCGUGAGCGGCGGCAGCACGUCACACAAGAAGAUUUUGAGAUGGCCGUGUCGAAGGUCAUGAAGAAAGAUUCCGACAAGAAUAUGAGCCUGAUGCAGUUGAUGAGGUAG